AUGGUCAAGUCUUCACAGAGGAACCAAUCCAAACCAAAGCCUGGGUUAAGCACCUCCAUCCCUUUGAGGCUGUCCAGUUACAUCUUCCAGAGGUCAGUUACAUCCCAUCCUGGCAAUGAGGUCAGAUGCCAUCAAUGGGAGGAAACCCUGGAGCGGCCCCAACAAGUCUGCUGGCAGAAGAGACUGCAAGGGCUGCAGGCCUGCAGCAGUGCAGGAGAACUGUUAAGCCCUCUGGAUCUUGCCAAAGCCUUGCACAACCUUACACCCAAUUGCACAGGCACAUCCCUGCCAGGCGUGCUCAGGGGUGGUCUGAACUCCAGUCCCAUGCCUGCCCCUUUCAGGUCUUUAGAUUUUGCAGAGAUGAUUCCAAGAGCUGGUCUGGACAUCCCCCAGCAACUCUGUAAACAAUUUCUGGUGACUGAGGAAGAUAUCAGGAAACAGGAAGGGAAAGUGAAGAUGGCAAGAGAGAGACUGACAAUGACGUUGGUUGCAGACAGACUUGCUAGUGAGGCGGAGAGAGUGAGGGGCCAAGAAGGACAUCCUGACAAACACUAUGAAAAAAAGAGAAGAUGGCGCAGAUGA